AUGAGUGACCAAGGCAGCUCGGUCGAGCCACCAAAGAGCAAUGGCACGACCAGACGCUCCUCCCACCGCCGGUCGACAGUCACUUCGACCACGCCUGCUGCCGCCACAGCCAAUGGCGCAGCUGUUGCAUCUACAUCGGCUGCGACGCCUGCUGGACCAGCUCCUGCUAGGAUAGUGCCAAAGCAGGGCAAGGGCAAAGCUAGAGCAUCAGAUGGUCCCAAGAGUGUGCUCGCUGUCAAGCAAGCAGAGAUGGAACAGCUCCUUCAGGAUCAUUCAUCCGCCGUCUCUGAAUUAUUCCAUCUGGAGAGACUGAUAACCUAUGCCACGUACGACCCCCAGAACUACACCGGCAGACCAUCAGAAGUAUACAGCACUUACGCGAGCGAGUAUGAUCUCCUCACGCAUCACCUGCCAGAAUCCGCUCAGACGGCCUCAUCCUCUUCUCGACGGACAACAAGGAGAGCAGCGCACGACACACUCACUUCUCUCGCUCCUCCCCCUUCUGCUAUACCGCCGCCCUCGCCGCCAAAACCCAUAGAACGCAAACCCUCGCUCAAAAAGAUUAAGCCUGACAAACCUCUGGGGACUAAGCCAAGUAAGGAGCAACUUGCCCGGACUGCAGUCUCGUCUGGUCAACCUCUGUCCAAGCGAGUCAAGAUUGAACAGACAGCAACCAGCCUGCCCCCCGAACGGAUAAAACCAAUCAAGGUCAAAUUGACAGCGCCCCAACGACCUAGCCUGAUAUAUCCCGAAAGACCCAUCUUCACUCACGCUGCUCAAUUACCGCCUCGCCCUCUGUUCGAAGGCUCUCUUGACGACUUGUUUGCAAAGAGCGAUCUCUUCCACCCACCCUUAGACGAACAAGGCGAAAUUAUCCAUCUCGAUGCAGCCUCGCUAGCGAGAGAAGUGGACCUACACGCUCGGAUUACUCACUUUGAGCAGGUCUACGGGCGCUCAAUCAGACAUGCACCCGCCAGAGACUCACAAGCGGAACCGCCACGCUCUCUUGAUCAUCGAGAUCACAUGGUCGAGCAAGCGUGUCAUUUUGCUCGACUCGUCCAAGAAGAGCGCAAGAAUCAGAUCCUCGCGUGCAGGAAGAUUGCCAAGAUGGUGUCUGUCUACUUUGAGCGAUUGCAAGGAGCAGAAGCGAGGGCAGCUCAGGAAGCUCAGCGAGAUCUCAAAGCACUCGCACGCUUCACGAGCAGAGAGAUCAGGCGGAAAUGGAAGAUGGCCGUCAAUAUCGUUAGGGCGAAGCGAGCGGCCGCAUGGAAGGCGGAGGAAGAGAGGAGAGGCAAACUGCACCUCGACGCGAUGCUUGAACAGUCCACUCAGAUGCUUGCUGCACAGCAGCAGGAUCUCGCUGCUCAGUCAGACAUCUCUGACGAAGAAGAGACUGCAUCCGAAGCGGAAACAGCAGAGGAAGAUUUGUCAGAGGAGGCAGAGCCCGAAGCCAAAUCCAAGGAGCAGAUCGAGGAAGCUCCAUUCGACGGCGACGGUGACGGUGACAUAGAAGCACAGGAGGACAGCGACCAGAUAGACGAGGAAGACGCCAUGCUAGAGGAUGAGAUGGACGAAGAUGAAGAGCAGUCAGAUGAUAGCGAGAUGCAAGGCCUCGAAGCAGAUGCAGAUGUGCCCAUCGAAGAACUCCUCAAGAAGUAUGGCUACGCCGAGCAAGAGCCUUCUUCACCCGUGCUCGUCAAUGGCCACGCAGAUUCAGAAGAAGCGCAAGAGGUCGAAGCUGUCGAUGCGACGGCCGAGCAGUCUGAAGAGGCUGUUGAUGCUGAAGAUGAGCAACUGGAUGCCGACUUGGAGGAUGAUUCGGACGACGAGGAGAUGGACGGCCUGGCGGGCGAUGCGGAUCGGCCACUCGAGGAGAUCUUAGGCAGUUAUGCUCUGCAAAAUGGAGCAACCUCCGAGAACGAGGCAGAGUUCAGCGAGCAGCCGAUUGGAGAAGUCGAGUCUGCCCAGACGUCUCAAGCCGCUUCGGACGAGGACGAAGACGAAGCGGAAGAGGCUUCUUCCUCGACCUCUUCGGAGGAGCGCAUCAAAGUCAGAAUACCUUUUCUCUUGCGCGGAACCCUGCGACCGUAUCAACGCGCAGGGCUCGAAUGGCUCGCUAGUCUCUACACCAACAAGCUCAACGGGAUUCUUGCCGACGAGAUGGGCUUGGGAAAGACAAUACAGACAAUCUCUUUGCUUGCUUGGCUUGCUUGCGAACAGGGCGAUUGGGGUCCUCAUCUGGUCAUCGUCCCAUCAUCUGUCUUGCUGAAUUGGGACACCGAAUUCAAGAAGUUCUUGCCUGGAUUCAAAGUACUUGCCUACUACGGCUCGCAAAGGGAGAGGAAGGAGAAGCGCGUGGGCUGGAAUACAGAUCAUACGUAUCAAGUUGUCGUGACGUCGUAUCAGCUUGCUAUUUCUGACCAGCAGGUGCUCAGACGAAAGCCAUGGCAUUACCUCAUUCUUGACGAAGCGCACCAUAUCAAGAACUUCCGAUCGCAACGGUGGCAAACUUUUCUGGGCUUUCACUCCGACAGACGAUUGCUUCUUACAGGCACACCGCUGCAGAACAAUCUGACUGAGCUGUGGUCCCUACUCUAUUUUCUCAUGCCGCAGGGACUGGCCAACGGCACGUUCGCAAAUCAUAAGCGAUUCCAGGAAUGGUUCAGCAUGGACAAAGCCAUCGAGUCUGGCGAGACGAUGGAUGCAGAGACUCGUGCGACAGUAGCCAAGCUACACACACUCCUGAGACCGUACCUGCUUCGUCGACUCAAAGCAGACGUCGAGAAGGAAAUGCCAGGCAAAUACGAGCAUAUACUCUAUUGCAAGCUAUCAAAACGACAGCGAUACUUGUACGACGAGUUUAUGUCUCGCAGCAAGACGCGCGAAACUCUACAGUCUGGCAACUUCAUGAGCAUCAUCAAUUGCCUGAUGCAGCUACGCAAAGUCUGCAAUCAUCCUGAUCUGUUCGAAGUUCGUCCGAUUGUUACUUCAUUUGCUAUGGGCAAGCCGGCCACAGCAGAAUAUGCGACAACGGAGAUGAUCGUCAGACGAAGGCUGCUGCGCGAACCUGCUAUCGAGCAGAAUCGCGUGCCGAGUAUCUUUCUCCUCGCCCAAUCUAGCCCAGCAUCGACGCAUGCAAGCCGAGCUAGACGGCGACUAUGUGCAGGCAGCAAGAUCGUCGAUCCAGACGUUGUUGCAACUCGAGCAGAGACGAUGCCAGUCGAGGACGAUCUUACCAUCGAAGGCUGGACUGCCUACGAGCAGCAAAGACAUAUUCGUGCAAGCAUAGCCAGACAAGCUCGUAUCGCCACGAUCAAUUACCGUCGUUGCAACGAGGUACCGUUUUACAGCGAAGAGCUCCUGAAAGCCGUCUCAAGUCGAUCACUGCGGAAGACAUUGCCCAAUAGCGAUGCCUUGCUCGGCGACGUAUGCGCCCGCUUUCGGAUGAGCCUCGAGGAAAGAGCAGCCGGCAUGUCAGAAGUCAUCAAUCGCUUUGCGUUUGCUACACCCGCAGUCACAGCAACAGGCAUGGACUGUAUUGCGCUGCCCACGCUCGAGCGCGCACUAGAAGACUCGAGCGAGCUUGACAGGGCUACUGCCGCCACAACGCAGCUUCUCAAUCGAUCGACCGUCAAACUGUCGAUAGCCUUUCCGGAUCGGUCACUGCUGCAAUACGACUGCGGCAAGCUACAAAGACUUGAUCUGCUUCUGCGAGAAUUGAUAGAAAGAGGCAGUCGAGCGCUCAUCUUUACGCAAAUGACCAAAGUGCUUGACAUUCUUGAAGGCUUCUUGACUUUCCAUGGCCAUCGCUACUUGCGUCUUGAUGGUGCAACCAAGAUCGAACAGCGACAGAUCCUCACAGAGCGAUUCAAUACGGAUCGCCGCAUACUGUGCUUCAUCUCAUCGACCAGAGCAGGAGGACUCGGGAUCAAUCUCACUGGUGCAGAUACAGUGGUGUUCUACGAUUCAGACUGGAAUCCUGCAAUGGAUCGACAGUGCCAAGAUCGGUGUCAUCGUAUCGGACAGACCCGCGAUGUGCACAUCUACAGGCUCGUUUCGGAACAUACGAUCGAGGAGAACGUCAUCAAGAAGGCCAACCAGAAGCGCAUCCUCGACCAUCUUGUUAUUGCGCAGGGUGAAUUCACUACAGACUGGUUCGGCGCAGGAGCACGAGCGGAUUGGCGGGAUAUGCUGGACGAUCAAAUGGUUGCCGAGCUCGGCGUUGGCUCGCAUGAUUCGCCAACGUCCGCCGACAAUGCGCCAACAAACACUGGCGGCGAUCUGACGAAAGCUCUCGCUGCCGCAGAAGACGAGGAAGAUGCUACUGCCGCCAAGGAUGCGCAAGUCGAGCUCGAUCUAGACAAGACUGACUUUGACGAGCAUGCCGUUGCUCGACCCGUCGCCAAGCAAGGCAUGGAGUCACUCGCCAAGACGACAGCUGCGACGGGUUCGUCUUCCCGAGCAGAGCCAGAGGAAGAGGCGCUACUGGAGGAAGAAGACGAGCUAGCGGGCAGCGUGGAUGGCUAUAUGCUCAAGUUUGUCGAGUCGCACUGGCAUCUGUUCAAUGAUUGA